AUGGAGGUGUACAUUGAUGACAUGCUCAUGAAAUCCCUCGAAGAGCAGGAUCAUAUCACUCACCUCCAAGAGUGCUUCGAAAGGCUAAACCUACACAAUAUGAAACUUAACCCCACUAAGUGUCGGUUCGCAGUAGCAUCAGGAGAAUUCCCUAAAAAGAUCACCGUGCUAAUCAAAAAGGCAUCCCCGAGAACGAAGCGAGAGGUACAGAGAUUAACCGGGAGAGUCACAGCGCUCAACCGCUUUAUCUCGCGAUCAACGGAUAAAUAUUUGCCUUUCUACGACACCCUAAAGAGGAAUAAGAAAUUCGAGAGAACUGAACAAUGCGAAAAAGCGUUCCAACAGCUGAAAUACUUCUUAGCCACUCCCCCGGUGCUCGCAAAACCCGUAGAAGGAGAACCACUAUUCAUGUACAUCGCAGUAUCAGUCACGGAUGUGAGCGGCGUCCUUAUCCGAGAAGAACGUAGCGGGCAAAAGCCCAUCUUUUACGGAAGCAAAACUUUGCUCGACGCAGAAAUGCGUUAUCCGAUGAUGGAAAAACUGGCGCUUGAAUUCGUAAUGUUAGCAAAAUGGGCAAUCGAGCUGAGCGAGUACGACAUCGAGCACCGAGAAAAAGCUUGCGCAAAAUCGCAAGGCUCCGGGAUCAGGAUCAGACUCACGUCGCCAACUGGGGAAGUACUGGAACAGUCAUUCCGACUAGUAUUCUACGCCUCAAACAAUGAAGCCGAGUACGAAGCCCUAAUCGCAGGCUUACGAUUGGCUCAGGGCCUAAAGAUACACAGCAUUCACGCCUAUUGUGAUUCCCAACUUGUGGCAAGCCAAUACAACGGGGAAUACGAAGCAAGGGAGGAGAGAAUGGAAGCUUACUUGAAACUUGUUGAAAACUUGGCUCAAAGUUUCGACCAAUUCGCUCUCACCCGGAUUCCUCGUGCCAAAAACGCACAGGCCGACGCCCUAGCCGCCUUGGCAUCUAGUUCAGAUCCAGGUCUGAGCAGGGUAAUUCCUGUAGAGUUCAUAGAGCAUCCUAGCAUCGGGCCGCCUGUCAUUAUAAACUUAAUCGAUUCACCCGACGGUGAUCCCGACGAAGUCGAUGUCCAGGCGACGCAUUAUCCAGAGCAGUUCAAGUAUGGAUUCAAGAAACCUUGGACAGAAACAAUCCUCGCAUACAUCGCCGACGGGAAACUCCCAGCAGAAAAAUGGGCAGCCCGAAAGAUUAAGACCCAAUCCGCGCGAUACGUCUUGGUCGACGGAGAAAUCUACAAGUGGAAAUUUUCCGGGCCACUCAUGACCUGCGUAGAAGGAGAGAAAUAA